CAUUGUCCACUAGCUAGUGCGUAUUGACGUCACCACGCAACCAGCGUAUAUCUAAAUAUCACACAAGCCAUAUUAACUUCUCACAAUUUACGUUUUCUUUUCUACAUUAAACUCUAGAGUAAAUUUGAAUAAACUAAUCAUAGUUGAUUUUACGUUAUUGAAGGCCCUCUAUACUUUCAAGGGUGAAACUCCCUUUCAAAUGCCAUUUCUGAAGUCUAAAAUAUUUUCAUGUACCAUUUCAAUCUUACAGAUGAAUCUGUCUAAUAGUAGGUUUGUGCCUCACUUAUCUUGUUUCCAUGUUAAAAAUACAAAGGUCAUCUACCCACAUGAGAGGAGAUGCCUUUUUUUGGAUCCAUUGGGGGAAUCUAAAAGGAACAUUCAGAGAUGCCUGGAGUCAACAAGGGCCUUUAUGCGAAAGAAAGACUGCAAUGUGACAAGGUGGACAUGCAGCACUCUGGCCCAUGCACGCCAGCAAGAUGGCACAUCAUGUGGUGUCCUGGCCUUAAAAUUUGCAGAGAAAAUAUUGAAAGGGCAGCCAAUUAACAUUGAGACGCACCUUUCGGCUGUGAACAAUUUGAGACUGGAUAUUGCCACUAUUCUCCUUCAAGAAACAGAUGAUCUCAGCAAGGUCUGUCACAGCUGUGGGAUGGAGGAGAGCGAUAACCCUCAAUGGAUCUGCUGUGACAUCUGUGAUAGGUGGUUUCACCAUGAGUGUGUCCUGAGGCCAGAUGUGGAUGGGGAUUACCUGUGCCCUGCGUGUUCAUGAUGAGGGGAGUGUUGGAAGUAUUAAACUAUAUUUAUGUUAUCCCCUUCUGCCCAAUAUAUAAUAAUAUUUCUGUUUAUAGAUGUAUAGUUUUUUAUGAGGAGUUACAUUUUAUUACCAAAAAGUGUUCUUGUCUUUGUGUUCACUUUAUUUGACGUUUGACUUUUAAUAUUGUAUAUAUAAAUUAUUUAACUAUUGGUGGAUUUUGUUAUUUGUUUGUAUUAAAAUAAAUUGCAUUAUACCUUGUUUGAUAAGAAAUUAUAUUUCUUCUCCUCUGACCUGAAAAAACCUAUUUAAUUACAAGACUGGUUUCAGAUUAUAUUAUCGUAAUACCGAUGUAUUUAUGAUGUUUGGUGUGACAGGGACUUUAUCUCUAUUGUGAGGUAAACUUUGUUAGAGAAGUCCCAUGUACCAAGAGCUGGGGACACUGUACAUACCAAGAAAAACAUAGGGGGUGCAUUCUCAGGCAGCUGGCCUGAACGUCCUGCCUGAAAAUGCAAAUAACUCCACCUCUGGAGGUCCAAUUUUCACAUGGUUUUCAGUGUAC